GCGCCGGACAUGGACUCCGUAUCGUCACGCAGCGUAGACGCCUUCGUAAAGAAUCUUAAACCGCCGCCGUCGAUAGAGGUCUGGCAUUUCCAGAUUGCUGUCUAUUUCGCUUUCGGAUUCUUCUUCUUAAGGCUCUUCCUCGAUAGAUUCGUCUUUCAAAGGAUAGCUGUGUGGCUUGUGAGUACUGGUUCUGCUCCGAUCAAACUGAAUGAUGCUGCUACACGGGCUAAGAUCGUUAAAUGCAAGGAGUCAUUGUGGAUAUUUUUGUAUUAUGCUGGUUGUGACCUUUUCGUUCUCAAAAUCCUUUAUCACGAGCCUUGGGCUACAGAUAUCAAACUCUACUUCCACGGUUGGCCUAAUCAAGAUUUGAAGCUUUCAGUAAUGCUUUACUAUAUGUGCCAGUGCGGUUUCUAUGUGUAUGGUAUUGCCGCUUUGCUUGCAUGGGAGACCAGAAGAAAAGAUUUUGCUGUUAUGAUGUCUCACCAUAUUAUUACAAUCAUCUUGAUUAGCUACUCCUACUUAACCAGUUUUUUCCGGAUUGGAGCAAUCAUCCUAGCCCUUCAUGAUGCAAGUGACGUGUUUAUGCAAACUGCUAAAAUUUUCAAGUACUCUGAAAAAGAAUUUGGAGCAAGUGUCUUCUUUGCACUGUUUGCUAUCUCCUGGCUGUUGCUACGGUUGAUAUACUUCCCAUUUUGGAUCAUCUGGGCCACUAGCAUUGAACUCCUGGAUUAUUUGGAUAUGACAUCAACUGAAGGCACAUUCAUGUACUAUUCUUUCAACACAAUGUUACUGAUGCUUCUUGUGUUCCACAUAUAUUGGUGGUAUCUCAUUUGUGCCAUGAUCGUAAGACUGCUUAAAAACAGAGGAAAAGUGGGAGAAGACAUUAGAUCCGAUUCAGAGGAUGAUGAUUAGGCUUGUUGCAAGCAUGACAGAUACGGAACAUGUUUCCACUUCUCCAACCAAACCAUUUUAGCUGCUGAAGAAUUUGUUCUCAGCUUCAUUACUUUACUAAUUAGAGUUGGAGGUAAAAGAAAAGGAGAAAGGUUAUAGUUUACUUUUUUUUUCAAUUUUGUAUUGGUCUGAGUCCAUUUCGACAUUAGACUGCAUAUUCUCUUUGACAUAUAAGAAAAGAAAAAGAAAAGAAAAAAACAGAAAAAUUGAGGUUCUUGUGUUGUUCUAUGCUGUAUAAAAACUAAAUGGGAAGUCUUUGUAAAUGCAAUUCCUCAUUGUAUGGUUUUCUACA